GACGUCACGUGUGCCAUAUGAGCUCUCCUGAGGUAGGCAUAGUAAAGAUAUCGAUGGUCAAUCAUGAAUAUAUUUGAAAGAUGCCCGGGCACCUGGCAGGUAGACAGUCUUCUAUAAUCUACGCCACGACUAGUGUUGUUCACAAUGCCGGAGCUAACCUUCAAGCAGACAUGUGAAAUGCGAAGAAAUUAUGUGGGGAGGACAUGUAAGCUGCAUUUUGAGGCGUCUCCUCUGAAGAUAGUUAGAGCGUCACGUCAGUACAUGUAUGAUGAUUCCGGAGCAGAGUACCUAGAUUGUAUCAGCAUUGUCUCACACGUGGGUCACUGUCAUCCCCAUGUGGUCCACGCCGGACAAGAGCAGAUGGCCAGGAUGACCACAAGUGCUGGAUUCCUCAAUGACACAAUGGUAGACUAUGCUAAACGGAUAGUGGAGACACUGCCCGAUAAACUGUGUGUCUGCUUCUUUGUCAACUCGGGAUCUGAGGCUAACGAUUUAGCUCUGCGGCUUGCACGAAGCUACACAAAGCAUGAUGAUGUGAUGGUGGUUGAGAAAAGCUACCAUGGAAAUAUCGCAAGCCUAUUAGAAAUCAGUCCAAAACGAUGGAAGCAGAUGGGCAUAGAACAGAAGGAGUGGGUCCAUGUGGUGCCCUGUCCCGAUACUUAUAGAGGUAUCUAUAAGGAGGACUCAGACAACCCCGGAUUGCUUUAUGCUAAUGAAGUUAAGAAGAUGAUUAGGAAAUGUAAGGAUAAAAAGAGAACAAUUUCAGCAUUUAUUUGUGAGCCGUUGAUGACAGUUUGCGGUGUGGUUGUUCCACCACAAAAUUACCUUAAAUACGUGUACAGGUACAUACGUGAAGCUGGGGGUGUCUGUAUUGCUGACGAAGUCCAAGUAGCACUUGGCCGUAUUGGAGAGCGCUUCUGGUCAUUCCAAGCACAUGAUGUAGUGCCAGAUAUUGUUACCGUGGGAAAACCGCUUGGAAAUGGUCAUCCCAUGGCAAUGCUUGUCACCACAAAAGAGAUUGCAGACACUCUACGCGAGUUCAGCAGCACUUUUGGUGGCAACCCUGUAGCAUGUGCGGUAGGGAUGGCUGUGUUGGAUGUGAUACGUAAUGAGAAACUCCAGGCCAGUGCUAAGUCUGUAGGCAAGUGUCUGCUUGACGGAUUCAGAGCCAUUCAGCCUAAACAUCCAAUGAUGGGUGACAUCAGGGGUAUGGGAAUGAUAAUUGGUGUGGAGAUUGUUGUGGACAAAGAGAGCAGGAAGCCUGCUAAACAAGCUGCAGAGAUUCUGAGCUACAAACUGAAGGAGGGAAAGAUCCUAAUAGCCAACGAAGGUCCAGACAAAAAUGUGAUGAUCAUUUCCCCACCGAUGUGUUUCACAUGUGACAAUGCCAAACAAGUGGUACAGGCGUUUGACUUAGCUCUUGCUGCCAUUGAACAAGGUGCUUUAGAGGCAGGCCUCGCAUCCCUGCCUCAUGAACAGAGAAUAUUAAACAUUCCUCUGGAUAUCCUUUCCUCAAACCUAGAUAAAGGACUAGACUCCGACUCGGACAGUGAAAGUUCCAGUGCCAAGAAAGCACGGUAUGAGGAAAUGGACUAGAGAAAGAAAUGGUGUGUUUAAAU